CCAGCCGGCGUCGGCGGCGCAGUACGCAGGCGCGGCGGGCGGGUUUCCCCGGGCUACAGCCGGCGCCGUCGCCCGCUCGUCGGCCGCCCGGCGCCAUGGCGGGCUGCGCGGCGCGGGCUCCGCCGGGCUCCGAGGCGCGCCUCAGCCUGGCCACCUUCCUGCUGGGCGCCUCGGUGCUCGCGCUGCCGCUGCUCACGCGCGCCGGCCUGCAGGGCCGCACCGGGCUGGCGCUCUACGUGGCUGGGCUCAACGCGCUGCUGCUGCUGCUCUACCGGCCGCCGCGCUACCAGAUAGCCAUCCGAGCUUGCUUCCUUGGCUUUGUGUUCGGCUGCGGCAUGUUGCUAAGUUUUAGCCAGUCUUCUUGGAGUCACUUUGGCUGGUAUAUGUGCUCCUUGUCACUAUUCCAUUAUUCCGAAUAUUUGGUCACAGCAGUCAAUAACCCCAAAAGUCUGUCCUUGGAUUCCUUUCUCCUGAAUCACAGUCUGGAGUACACAGUAGCUGCUCUUUCUUCUUGGAUAGAGUUCACACUCGAAAAUAUCUUUUGGCCAGAACUGAAGCAGAUCACCUGGCUCAGUGCCUUGGGGUUGCUGAUGGUGGUCUUUGGAGAAUGUCUGAGGAAAGCGGCCAUGUUCACAGCUGGUUCCAAUUUCAAUCACGUGGUGCAGAAUGAAAAAUCAGAGACUCAUACCCUGGUGACAAGCGGAGUGUAUGCUUGGUUUCGGCAUCCUUCUUACGUCGGGUGGUUUUACUGGAGCAUUGGAACCCAGGUGAUGCUGUGCAACCCCAUCUGUGGCGUUGGCUACGCUCUGACGGUGUGGCGAUUCUUCCGAGAUCGGACAGAAGAGGAGGAGAUCUCGUUAAUUCACUUUUUUGGAGACGAGUACCUGGAGUACAAGAAGCGGGUGCCCACAGGCCUGCCUUUUAUAAAAGGGGUCAAGGUGGAGCUCUAACACAGCCGGAGCGGGCCAGGCUGGGCCGAGGGGCCUCCCCCCUCCACACAGCCCGGGACAGAACUGCCCCUGGCAGCCACGCCGCAGAAUGGAUUUUCUGAAUCAUUUUAUGCGUCACCAGUGACUCUUUGGAAUAUCACUCGAGACCAAACGGUCAGAAGGCCUUAGGACCAAAGGACCCCAUACCCUAGAGCAGUCUGUUCUUGGGCUCAAUCAAGGUAGGACAUAGAUUAAAGGUGGGCAAGGAGCAAAUAACAGCAAUAUUCAACAGUGCCCCUCCAGAAGGGCCCUGGCGAGAGCCCAUGGCCCACGAGGUAUUUAGUGUAACCAAGGCCCCUCGGGAGAGGUGGGCUCACUCAUGAUGUCGAGUAAGGCUUCUUCUGCAGGAAGGGGUAUGUGGGCAUCAGUGCUUAGUGUUAGAAAUUCGUUCAGAAUCUUUAACCGAGAAACACAAACAGCACAGCUUCGACCUCCUUCUUUCUGUGCUUAAGUGCAUGAGCAUCUAUACAGUUUUAAGAUAAUUCUUUAUAAGGCACUUUGGCUCUUAAUAUAUUUAAUCGUAUUUACAUAUCUAUUUUUUAUAAAUAGCAGUAUAGAUUCAGAGGGGACUCACUUGGCGUUUAUAGCCCCAACUUUUAUCUGGCAGAAUGGACACCUCCAGACAACUUGGCUGAGUGGCUUUGUGUUCACAAGGGCACCCCUGGCCAGGGAGACUGGACCCCUGUGGCUUUCCCCGGGGUCCUGGCUCCCGCUCUUCUCCCCAGAGGGGGCUGUUAUCAGUGACACAGGCAUGUCAAAGGGGUGUCGUUUUUCCCUGAACAGAGAAAUGCUCACUGAGCACGUGCUCUGUGUAAGGCGUCGUCAGACACCGGGAAGUAUUGCUCUCCGUUGGUUUGGGAUUUCAGUCUUUCACCAUAGCUUAUACUUUUCUGUUUCAUUUGAAAUCUCUCAACUGUUGAUUUCUAUGUUCUGUUCUCAGAACUUCACCAUCUCUAACAUCAUCUCACACUAUCUUUCCCAAGGGGGUUUACGCACACACCACUGCAACAUUCAAGCAAGUCAGUGUACGAGAGUCUUAAAUAGAGCAAAUGGUCCCGACAGAGAUGUAGUCGGUAUUUUUGUUUUUCAAGUUUGGGGAAAGUGGUUGGCUUUAAGUACGUAAGCUUUAGGACCCUUGUUUAAUUCUGGACCAGAGAGGGCCUUGGUCUCCGCGUGGACUCCUUCCUGCAGUUCCACGGUGGCGCUAACGGAGCCUGAUGACGACGGCCGCGGCGGCCCCGGCUGGAGGGCUGCUGUGCUGCCACGCCGUGCCGGGCGGCUUCGAGGAGCCACUUAACCUUUCCGUGCCUAGACUCCCCAUCCGUAGAAUGGGGUCAGUACCACCUACCUCAUAGGGGUGUUGUGAAAACUUAGAAGAACAACGUCAAACGUUUUUAAUACUUAGAUGAGAGAGAAUGGCGUAAAUGAAAUCUAUCCUGUGUCAGAGUCACACAGACGUGGACGUUGCUUAGCUGUACCAGACGCUGGAAACGUGUGUUCGGAAGAGCAUUUUACCAACUCAGAAACAUCACUUGUUUCUAGAUUUCAUGGCCUAAUUAAUUUUUUUGUUAUUAUGUAUACCAAAGAGGUUUACGGGUUUGUUGAUUCCUGGGAUGCCGCUCGCCCGUGUGAGUGGACUCUACCAUCGGCCCUCGUGAGGGCCUUGCAGCCAGGCCGGCCGAGGCCGCCGCUGGAGCACUCAGCAGCAGGUCCUUCUGGCACGAACACUCCCCAGUGGGACUCAACAUGCACUUAACUCUGGGAACUCGAGUUGACUCACUUCUGACUUGUUCUCCAGACCACGCUUAGCAAAGUCAGCUCCGCUCAUUGGGACUGCAGAAUGGAGGAGGGUGUGGCUGGGGUUUUGGCAGCCAUCCCCAGCUGCUUGAGGGAAAGUGCUGUGCUGUAUCUACCGGGACUGGACCCAACUUUCAUUCCCACUGAGGGCUGUGAAGCUGUCUUUAAUAGAUGGAGAACAGCUAAUGAUGGCCCCCUGGCUUUGUGGACAGAAAGUCCGAAGGUGUUGGUGUUUGGCGAUCUCAUCUUGCCCCACCUGCUAGAAUUCUCAAAGCCCACCUUCCUGCCGGGCCCCUGAGCCCAGAACGUGGGCCUGGUGUUUUGUGGCGAGGUGCUGCUGUUACAUCACCUGGGCUUUAAAGAGCUCUUCCAGGGGCGGGACUAGGGGGGCGCCCUCACCCCGACUUGUACGCCCAGGGCAGAAGUCAGCAGUUACUUAGGGAGAAGAGAUGAACUGCUUAGGGGCAGGAUUUGGCAAGUGAUUGACUUUCAUCUAGUACUGACAUUUUCAGAUUAUUUUUAACUUUAUAAAUUUAGCAGUGACAGUGUGCAUGCAGAGAAUCAGGUUAAUGAAGUGCAGGCUUUUGGGGUAUUCCCAAAAGCUUUUGGGUAAAGGCCACGUCACCAGUUCCCUCAAAUUAAGAAACUGUCAAGAGAUUACUUACUUUUUCCAUUGCAGGUUUUAAAGUGGAGAUUCUUAAAUGGAAAAAAAGGCACUGCACAGAACAAAGCUACUUUGAAGCAGCGUAAAGUGAGACGUUUUAUGAGGAUUUGCAGGCUGUGGCCGAGAAUAGCAGCUCGCAGAAAAGAGGUAGUGAGUGGGGUGAGCCUGGCCGAAAGCGAAAGGCAGCGUACCCCACUGCCCCUUCCAUCUGUAUGAACUGCUUCUUGAGCCUCAAAACUAAACUUGAUUAGUCCCUUCCAUUUAUUUAACACUCUGAGUGAUGGACACGAUAGGGAAGUAUUCCUAAACCAAUACACGUGUUAGUAGCUUAGGCUCGGGAGGGCCGGCCACAGCUCCAGCUUUUUGGUAGCAGCCCCUCCGUAAUAGGCACAGUGACCCCCACUGUCCCUUCUCUGCACUUUCUUACUGCCUUAGAUAGUUGCGAUCUCCCACCACAUCUUGCUCCUGUAGUGGCUCGAUGAGGUUGGUGGGAGAGGCUUGCUCUCUGCGCCCUGCUGUGAGAGCUUGACGCCUUGUCCUGGGCUUGGAGGGCCAGCCGGCAGGGGUGGUCCCAAGCGCUUGCUCUAGAGGAAGCCGUCCCAUAGCUAGGAGAGUAAUUUAAUGGAGUAAUUAUUUCACUCUUCUUUUUACAUGCAGAAAUGUUUAUUUAAAUAUUUUAAAUUGGAUUUUCUUUCACAGAUACUGAUUAUUUCCAAUUCUUAAAUAAAACUGUACUUGAUUUCA